CGAACAUCCCGAUCUCGAGUCUCUCACUCUCAUGGUUUUCCUGUGGACAGUCUCUGUGUGAAAAGUGCAGAGAUUUGGCUGGAAAGAUGUUGCUGGCGGUGUGGUAGGGAGGAAAAGGUGGAAAAGGAAGUGAAAAAUGGACAGUGAGUGUGCUUAGUAGAGGUUUGUGUGUCAUUCCGGCUCACCCAUGGAGCCCUGCAGACGACUAGGGGGAGUGAGAUUUGGCCAAAGUGUGAAAAAUGAAGUAGAGGAAAAGUUGUGAUUUACUCUGGUUUGGCCCAUGAAGGGUUAUGGUGUGUGCAUAUGGCAGUGAGAAUUGCAAUUUCACAUGAUACCCCAAGUAAGUAAGAGCGGCGAGAUUGCGAGACUCCGAGGGAGAUUUAUGCGGAUUACUCCUGGUCGAUUUCAAGUGAAAUUUCACCCCCCGACAGACGGAAAAAUCAACAUACCUUAGCCCAUACCCAGUGUGGGAAUUCUCUUCAAAUUGCUGCUUUGCCUGCCUCCUCAAUUUUUCUACUCCAUUUAAUUUGGUACAAUUCUCUCGGUUUAAGUUCACGCUGCAUCACACCCUCAAGUGGAGUGAAUUAUUCACCAAGAGGCCUCUCUAUGCUAUGUGAGGACUCUGGCUUAGAGGAGUCGAUAAACAAGCCGAAAAUGUGAAUGGAAGUUGCGUCAGGAGUGUUGCAGUUCUCACUAUAUUCCAGAUAUGAUAAAGGAGAUGUCGCUUGUGACUACUGAUGUUCCUCAGCAGCAUGACAAUUUCACAAUACAAUCGUCAGACACACGAUUUAUCGGCCCUAAUUCUUCAACGUCCAUCAUCGAGCGAAUUACCACCGCCGAUGAAGACAACAGCAAAUUAUUCAUAAUAGUUCUUUGUAUUAAGGGUUUUAUAUUUGGAACGAUUAUUCUCGGAGCUGUUCUUGGCAAUGCGCUCGUAAUAAUUUCCGUUCGGAGAAACCGGAAAUUGAGGGUUAUCACAAAUUACUUCGUAGUCUCACUGGCGAUGGCCGACAUGCUGGUAGCCCUCUGUGCAAUGACGUUCAAUGCAUCGGUGGAAUUGUGGGGACGAUGGCUUUUCGGUGCCUUCAUGUGUAACGUGUGGAAUAGUUUAGACGUUUACUUCUCCACAGCGAGUAUCCUCCAUCUGUGUUGUAUUUCCGUUGAUCGGUAUUAUGCAAUAGUUCGUCCUCUCGAGUAUCCGCUGUAUAUGACUCAUCGUACAGUUUUUCUCAUGUUAGCAAACGUAUGGCUAUUGCCUGCUCUCAUUUCCUUCACGCCAAUCUUUUUGGAUUGGUACACCACGGAGGAGCACCUCCGUUUCAUGGAGGAACACCCGGACACAUGUAUUUUCAUCGUAAACAAGACGUACGCAAUAAUUUCGAGUAGUGUCAGUUUUUGGAUACCGGGAGUUGUUAUGAUCACCAUGUAUUGCAGAAUUUACAGAGAAGCUGUUCGUCAGCGAAAAGCCCUAAGUCGGACCAGCUCGAAUAUUCUGCUGAAUAGUGUUCAUUUGGCCCACACUCAGCACAACAUGCAUCACACUCAUCAUAUGAAUUAUCUGCAUCCCAGUGACUGUGAUCUCAACUUGACUCUGAAGCAGCUACGACGUGAUAGUCACAGUUCCGUCAGUAACGUCGAGAUACAAGUGUUCCCUUCGACUGAGAAUGAUGACGAAUUGAGGGUGCCGUCGCCGAUUCCACCUCGACGCUUGAGCAGGAGCAGUAUUGACUUGCGUGACUUGGAGCUGCAGCACGAGAAGAUGUCCCACACAGACUCGGCGCCCUCAAUUGUGGGCAUUGACAAGUAUCUCAAGAGCUCAGAUAGCGAGCCACUGAGGAUAAAGUCGCAACAGCAGCAGCACCAGAAGCUCAACAACUUCCUGCAGCCGUUCUUCUCCAAGACCAAUCUCAUUCGACAGCCAUUCGAGUACCUCCACUCAAGCCUGAAUGGCAAGAGUCGCAAGAAUACGCCAUCAUUGAUGACAGACGAUGCAUCGAAGGCCUCCUUCGACAACAUCGACGAUGCAUCCCUCGACAAAGGCUCCAAGGACAACUUCAAAUAUACCAAAGUGCCAUUUGGAGCGCUCAGUGAUUCUGACUUCUUGGCAUUGAAGCACAAACCCGACGCCAAUGUCAGUUCCACCCUUUCGGAUUCAGAAUUUCUCAUAUCGUGCAGCCCUAAUGGUGGCAACAAGGUGAAGAAAACCAGUGUGAAGAGCGAGAUGGCCAUUACCAUCAAGACGGACGUGAUUAAAAAUCUUAUCGGACGCGGGAAGAAGUCUAGUCUGUCGUCGCAACAGCGAAUGCGAGUAUUCAGCGAUGGGAACUUCGAGGAUACUUCCACUCAGAAACGGGCCAACACCAAGCAAUCCCGACCGAGAGUUCUUAGCGAGGGUAAUGAGGCACGAAGUGACACGGCUUUUGCCACAGAAAGGCAAUCAGACACCCCUGACAUCCUUAUAGGACUCCUCAAUUUUGGUGACAAUGAAGAGCGACAGUUUAGCAUAGACUCCUGUGGUGAUGGUGACGGGCAAUUUGCUGAGAGCAUAUCCACAGAAGCUCCCAAAGUCGCUCCCAACAAUGUAAAUAUCAGUAUGAUUGAUUUUAUGAAUUCUUCCACGAAUGCCAUGCAGAAGCAUGACGAGAGCACUCCGAGGAGCACAGAUGUGGUCCUGAUCAGUGACAUGGUGUCGCCUAAUAAGUUUCUGCUGAUGGACCUCAAUGAGGAGGAGCACAAGAUAUCCAGCGGCGGCAUUCUCGAGCCGAUUAGACAAUCCCUCCAGCCGGACGACCUUCCUGACGCCACAGUCGCAUUCACGCCCAUCACCUUCGACGCGCCACAUCUCAGCAACGCUUCCACGCUCUCCCUGGACAUCGUCACGGGCAACGCGGCCCAUCCGGCGAUCCUCGGCGCCAAGCCGGAGAUCAUAAUGGACUCCACACUGAACGCCACGAGUCCCACGAAAGCCACAUCACCAGAUGAUGAGGAUGGUCAGUUUCGGCGAGAGUCCAUGGAUGAGUCGAGUGGUAUGAAAUUAAAAUCACCAAGUGCUUUAUUGAGACGAGAUGAAACAGGAGCACGACUCAGGCGACCAUCAGCUGUUACAUAUGACGUGAAUGUAAUAAAUUUCUGUCAGGAGAAUAACGAGGGAAACGAUGGCACAGCGGCGCGUCGAUCAACCAGUUCCGCAAGUCCACAGCACAAUACUUAUUCCACUCCUUCUGCCACAACUAGCCAGAUUAGACGUGGCGGAAUUUGUGUCGUAAUCGAUGAUGAAUCCGGUUGUUGGGAAGAACAGGAUUCCACGGCCAUAAAGCGUAAAAGAAAGUUAUGGUUUUUUUCCGGACGCGAUAACUUAUCAAGUCAGGGUGAUAGUUUACAAACGACACCUAAAGGUGGAUCCGUUCGGCAAACAAAGGGUUGGCGUGCUGAGCACAAAGCUGCAAGAACGCUAGGCAUCAUAAUGGGCGUGUUUUUGCUCUGCUGGCUACCAUUCUUCCUCUGGUACGUUAUCACUUCGCUGUGCGGAGAGGAGGCUUGCCCAUGUCCAGAUAUUGUAGUGGCAGUUCUAUUUUGGAUCGGCUACUUCAACUCCACCCUCAAUCCACUAAUUUAUGCAUACUUCAACCGUGACUUCAGGGAAGCCUUCAAGAAUACCCUCCAAUGUGUGUUCCCUUGCUGGAUGAAGAAGAGCCCUUACAGUGCGUACUAUGUGUGAACAUAGGCACCCAGGCAAACCCCCUUGAGGGAUGCUUGGAGGACGUGCGAAAACAAAUAAAUGACAUUUGACGAACACCCCCAAAAUCACAUCAAUAUUCCCUCAUAAAAAGUUUCCUGUGGUAAAUUAUGUAUAAUUGAGGACGCAAUACACGCAAUAAAUUAGUAAGAAUUAUUAUUUGUAAUUCUUGUGAAUAUACAUAAUAUCCGAUUGGUAUUAGUCGUAUGUAUGAUACGUAGCCAUAUAUAUAUAUAUAUAUAUAUACUUAACACUGUUAAAUGGCAAUAAAUAUCGUAAUAAAACUGAACAAAUGUCCGAGUCAGAUAAACGUUUUGAGUGUAUAUAAUAGUAAGUCAAGAUUGUGGUAAUAUUGCGGUAAUUUACACACCAAAACAUAAACGUAAUAUAGGAAUAAUAUGAAUUUCCAAAAAUCGAAUAUGCGGAAUAACUAAGACAAAUUUGUGAAAUAUUCACCACACGAUUGACGAUUGGUGUGAGAGAGUGACGUAAUAAAAGUGAUUCUGAUAAGCAAAUACAUAAACGUAAAUGUUUGAUGAAAGAUUUUUAACUAAGUGACGUAGGACAUUCUUUUUCCCUAGAACUCUCACAAAAUUAGUUUAUGAAUAUUGAGUACAGAAGUUUGUAAAGCAAUUUGUAAAAUUACGUAAGGAUUUUUUAGAGCAUGCAUUUUACCAGUUCUCAUUUCAAUCUCAUGAAUUUGAUAAAUAUAGAGGUAAAUUUAGCUGUGAUUAUAAUAUUUAUACGAUAUGAGGUUCUCAUGUGUUUUCACGGCAAAAACCGCGAAUUCAUCUUAUUUGACAGAAAGAAAAGCAUUAUGCAUAGUCGCAUUAGAGAAUCUAUUAGGAAUUUCAUUGAGAAUAUUGAUAGGUUUGCAUUUACGCCAGAUUCGCAAGAGAAACUCUGUUGAGAAUGUCAUUAUAAUUUUAAGAGGAUAUAAUAAAUACAGAGAAACUGCUU